UCAACAUUAAAGCAAUUCAACCGUGUUGCAAAUGGGUUGAUGCCUCGUACUUUUGUAUUACUAACUUCUUUGAGUGGGAAUAAACAUGUGCGUUUUUCACGUACAAGCUGCUGUAUAUUCAUAGCGGAUCCCUUUUUCAGCGGAGACGGUGCGAUUGUCCCGAGCGCCCUAUCUCUUUAACGGGAUUCACACACCAGCUAUAUUUCAGUACUGUAUGAACACUGCACAACUGUACCGUGAGGAUUUUUUCAAGGAAUAACCCGCAUACCUGAGGAUAUCAUGGGAAAAUAAGAGUAAAUUACAUUUACCAGAUGGCAAGGGGAGGAAAAGUCAUCAUAAAGGAACCCAUUUUUAUUACAUCGGAAAAAGGGACCGAAAGUCAAAAAUAAGCUAACAAUUUUGGAAGGUCGGCCGCCGGGGGACGUAGGAGCCGCUGCCUUCUGCCAGGGGACGGAGGAGCCGUUGCCGGCCACCAGGGGACGGAGGACCCGCUGCCGUCUGCUGGGUCGCGAAGGAACCGCUGCCAUCCGCCAGGAGGUGGAGGAGCCACUGCCAUCUGCCAGGGGGCAGAGAGGCUGAGGACUAGUGGACGGUGUUUUUGGGACCGGCAAGCUAGUUUUUCUCUCUCUCUCUCUCCUCUCUCCCUCCCCUCGUCUCUCCCCAGGUUCCCAGGAGGCAGGGAGGACCAUCAGGUGGCGGAACGUCACACAGACACAGCGUCUCCCCUCCAGAGAUGGGGUGGAGGAGUGUAACGAGGAGGAGGGUGUGACCGGGUUGUGAGGGUGCACGUGAUUGUUUACAGCAGCGGCCAGUCACAGCAUCGACCAAUCGCCUACCUACUAUUGCAGCGCAUGUACAGUGUUUAGCUCACGUGCAGGUCGUGAUUCAGGAUGCCGCUGGUGAAACGGACUAUCGAGCCGCGUCACCUGUGUCAUACGGCUCUACCGCGCAGCAUCAAGAAUGAACUGGAGUGUGUGACGAACAUCUCGCUCGCCAACGUCAUACGACAACUGAGCAGCCUCAGUAAAUAUGCGGAGGAUUUGUUCGGCGAGCUCUUUAAUGAAGCUCACUCGUUCUCGUUUCGAGUAAACUCGCUGCAGGAGAGAGUCGACCGCCUGUCAGUCAGUGUCACUCAACUCGACCCGAAAGAAGAGGAGUUGUCUCUUCAGGACAUCACGAUGAGGAAGGCGUUUCGCAGCUGCACCAUUCAAGACCAGCAGCUGUUUGAGCGCGAGUCGCUGCCGAUACCGAUGCAGGAGACGUACGAAAUCUGCGAACAACCGCCGCCUCUCAAUAUACUCACACCCUACAGGGAUGAUGGGAAGGAAGGUCUGAAGUUUUACACAAACCCGUCAUACUUCUUUGACCUGUGGAGAGAGAAGAUGCUGCAAGACACUGAAGACAAGAGGAAAGAGAAGAGGAAACAGAAGUUGCAGGAUCCCCUCAUGUAUGAUCAGGUCUAUAAAUAUUUAGACCUUCCAGUGCAGCUGAAGAACAUUGACCGUCCUCAUGAGGUGGAGAAAGUUCCGCGGGCACCGCAUGAUCGUAAGAAGGAGUGGCAGAAGAUGGCAUUAGGAGCAGAGCUUGCAGUAGACGACAUGGACGGUAAACAACAAGACACUAACGGCACCGCAACGUACCACGACGGCAGGCAAAUGUAUAUUGAUCAUCUAGACGGGUCGUUCUCUCUGGCCGCGCUGCCAUUCUCUCAGAUGAGCGAACUGUUGAACCGCACAGGAGACAGAACGUACGGCCGGCCGCACGAACCGCCACCUCCACCGCCAACAUACCCGCCAGAUAUCAAACCAGCCUCGGUUAUCAGUUCCAGCUCAGGUUUCUCCGACAGCAUCCCUCAGUCUCCGGCCCGCACACCUGUCUUUCUCAACUCCAAUGCCCCGCCUCCAGCCCCUCCCCCUUUACCCCCACCCCCUCCCCCUCUCCCCGGCAGCCUAUCAGUUUCCAGAAUGCGUGGUACAGCUCCGCCCCCAAUUCCACCCUUACCUUCCCAGCAACCCCCAGCCAUCCCUCCUCCCCCUGCCCCCCUUCAGAUUGCCCCCGGUGUCCUACAUCCCGCCCCGCCUCCAGUGGCGCCACCCCUUCACUCCUCCCCAGCCCGCAUACAUCAGGACAAAGCUCCACCCACAGAUGGAACUGUUUUGCCGCCGCCUCCCCCGCCUCCUCCCUUGCCACUCCCAGGAAACAGAAGCUCCUCCCCCUGCACAUCCUUGGGCCCGCCCAUCAUGCCUUCCUUCCCAUCCGGAGCAGUCUCGUCACCGCCCACUCACUCCGGUCACGAGGUCAAGAGGUAUCCCUCCAACCUGCCGCCCAUCAGCGACGCCCGCAGCGUUCUACUGGAGGCCAUCCGUAAAGGUAUCCAGUUGAGGAAAGUCGAGGAACAGAGGGAACAGGAGGCCAAACACGAGCGCGUUGGAAACGACGUCGCCACCAUUCUGUCGCGCCGCAUCGCUGUGGAGUACAGCGACUCCGAGGACGACUCCGAGUUUGAUGAAGUUGACUGGAUGGAAUGAGAAGUGAAAGUGGAACAAAAGAGGGAAUAUCAUGGGAAAAGUUUGGGAAGGAGGCAUAAAAACAGCAAAUGAAAUCUCAGUUAACUUUCUUCUUAAUAACAAUUAUCCAGUGAACAGUUCCGUGUCCUUCAGUUGUAGUUUUAUUCAGGACACAUAAACCUGUUCCCAGAACACUUUGCUUUAAUGUUUUUAAUGACUUGUUCUGAGUUUAAACUUCUCUGUUGUGCAAUUGAUGAAUGAAAAUAACUAUGUUGGGGUUUUUUGUUCUCCGCACUUUUAUUUAUAUUUGUCUGUCUUUCAUUCUCAGUAGGAACAACAAAAUAUGUUAUUUUCGUUGUUGUAAUGCGCUGGUUGGCGCGACUUCUUUUCAUAGACAGCCCUUCUGGUCACUAAAGGAAGUGGCACUUUUCAAAGCGGUGGAACAAUGGAACAUAUCACCAGAAUCUUUACCUGGGUAUUAAAAUGUGAUGGAUGCAUAUUAUUUUUAUUUUAAAUAUCAUUAAAUCUGUUCUUCCAUUUCAGAAAGUAAACAUGUGAUGUCAUUGCAUGGUUGUAAGGAACAAAAAAUAUGAAGAAACAUUUUUCUUAUUAAAGUGUCAAAAUGCCUAAAAAUCAGUAUCGGAGUGAAUCUCACGAAACUCUCAUGGGGCGAAGUUUCUGGGGGGCACAAGGAAAAUCUAGUGGGGCAAUGCCCACUAGCGCCCCACCUUAGACCCGGCCAAUAUUAAGCUCAUUAUUAGGACUUUUUUUUUUUUUUUUGCAUUGUUGCAUUUUUGCAUCGUGAGAUUAUUUUCAUGAAAAGCAUAUUUCUCUCCCAAAAUGUCAUCCCCAUAAUGAAAAAAUAAAUAAAAGUAUUUAAACAUCAUAGUAAUAUUUGUUGUACUGCCUUUAUAUACUGAUUUCGAUUAAAAGAAAAGUCAAAUGGCCUUAAUUGUCAUAUAAUUUUUUUUUUUUUAAAUAUUAUUUUUAAUGAAAUGUGACCCAGACAUGUUUUCAUGAGAUUCACCCAACAAGUGCAUUGAAAUACUGACACUUCCCAUAAAAGUCCUACAUAAAACAUUGUAAAUCAUUGUGGCCUUGCGUGGGGUCUAUACAUUGUAAUUUAUUGAAUUUUUUUCCAAUAUAUUUUGUUUGACAGACAGGGAGAAAAGAUACAGAAACAGAAAUUAAACAUGAUUUUAAAAUACUGUAUACCGUGUAACGUAUGUAACUGUUUACUUUAACAGUUUCCUUGAAUUAAUAAAAACUAAUGUUUAAGAUUC